UUGGAUGAGAUGUCAGUUUCAUAUAUUUUUAUUUAACUUGUUUUCACUUUGUUGAAAGGGAAUGCCCUUUCUGAGGUUUUGGCCAACCUCGUUUUUGUAUGUGUUUUGCCCAUUUUUAAUAAAAUCCGGCAGAUUUUCCUUGGCAAAAAAAAAGAGAAAAGAUCCCAUGAGAAGUUAUAAUUAGGCUGAAAAGUGAGAAGCUCUCCCAGCUGUUAGAUCAGCUCAACCUAUACGUCUCUCAUUAAUGGCAUUAGUCGCAAUUGCUCUGCUCACCAAGUGCGUCCGCCAAGUAUAUCAUCGUAGAAGACAAUGAUGACCGGUCGACAAUGAGAGAAGUUCCAGAUCAACAAACAUAAAUCUCAAUCAAUCCACGAACUCGAACAAGCAAUUAACGGUGUGUAGCGGAAGUCAUUAAACUGCUGGUCUCUUGCUAGUGGACUGACAGAACGGUCUAGCUGAAGUAGCAUGAUUGUGACUUCAUAGCGCUGGGAAAACUAUGGAUAUGCUACUGUUGCUGAGAUGAUGUUUUACAGCCAAUUGUUUUACAGUUAAAUACCCAUAAUACAGGUCCUUUGUGCACUAAUACUCCGGUUUUUUAUGUGAAAACUGAUGCUCUUUCACUUGUUGCUAAGCAUAUAGGGACUGUCCCAAAAAUUUUGGAUGCUAAGGUUGUGUUUGAUGGAACCCCGGUGGCUACCUCUCACCAAGUAGUAACUGUUGGUGUGUUUCAUUCCCUAUUGAUGAUGGCCCCUGAUUCUAACAAUGAUGAAAUACAUGUUGCUCCCUCAGAAAAUACUACUAAUAUGGGAGAUGAUGAAAUCAAUUCUGAUCCACCCGAUGCUUUUACAACACUUAGCCCGAUUUUGUCCAAUGCUAAAAUUCUUUCUGAGGACCCCACUGCUUUAAAUAAAUUUUCAAAUGUCACAGACUUUCCCAGAGCUGAGGAGGAAUGCCACGACGGGUUCACACAAGUAAGGAACAUGAAAAAACUUUUAAUGAGCAACGCCAAUAGAUCAACCACACUUCAAGAGGACACCCCAUUAUACUACGAGGUGGGAUACACCUCUCACCCCAUGGUUACAAGAAGUCAGUGCAAGAAACCACAAGAUGAAAAUGAUUAUUUCAUACUGAAAAUGGUUACUAUCCUAUCUUCUUGAUUACAUGACUACUUAGUUUCUUGGCACCUCUUUGUUUGUCUUAUCAAUCUUUUUACUGAGAUUUCCUACUUAACCAUUUCUUUGUAUAUAAGUUGACUCUCAAAUAAAUAAAUGUUGAGGACU